CAAAAUAAUGUCUUCUUCCCAAACCCCGCUAGGGUUUUUAUCUAUAGUCUAUACAUUACCUCCAAAGCUGAUUUCAGCGGCUUCUUCUCAGUCAUUCCCUCAUUGUGCACAAACGAACUAGGGUUUCUCUCUAAUUUCCAACCAUGGCUGAAAGAGGAGGAGCUGAAAGAGGAGUAGGCGAAAGAGGUGGAUUCGGCCGAGGCUUCGGUGGUCGCGGACGCGGUGGAGACCGAGGCCGUGGUGGUCGCCGACGCGCUGGGCGACGUGAGGAGGAGGAGAAGUGGGUUCCAGUGACGAAGCUAGGUCGUCUGGUUAAGGAAGGUAAGAUCGCAUCCCUAGAGCAGAUCUAUCUCCAUUCUCUACCAAUCAAGGAGCAUCAGAUCAUUGAUACCCUCGUCGGACCAACCUUAAAGGAUGAGGUCAUGAAAAUCAUGCCUGUUCAGAAGCAGACACGUGCCGGUCAGCGAACCAGGUUCAAGGCCUUCGUUGUCGUUGGUGACAGCAACGGCCACGUAGGUCUCGGUGUGAAAUGCAGUAAGGAAGUCGCCACCGCCAUUCGGGGUGCCAUUAUUUUGGCUAAGCUCUCUGUGAUCCCUGUUAGAAGGGGUUAUUGGGGUAACAAGAUCGGAAAGCCUCACACCGUUCCUUGCAAGGUUACCGGAAAGUGUGGUUCCGUGACUGUCCGAAUGGUUCCAGCUCCCCGUGGUGCUGGGAUUGUGGCUGCUAGGGUUCCAAAGAAGGUUCUUCAGUUCGCUGGAAUUGAUGAUGUUUUCACUUCAUCCAGGGGAUCCACAAAGACUCUUGGCAACUUCGUCAAGGCUACAUUUGAGUGUCUGCUGAAGACUUAUGGUUUCUUGACACCUGAGUUCUGGAGAGAAACUCGAUUCACAAAAUCUCCAUUGCAAGAACACACAGACCUGUUGGCAAAACCAACUGGUAAAAUUCUCCACCUUGAGGCACCUGAGAGAGUUGAGGCCUAAUCAAUCAUGUAUUUUUAGCAACUUAUUUUUUUAUGAAAGAACUUGAAUUUAGUUUUGGGGUCUCUUUUUUUUGGUAGUGGUACUACUGUUAAUCUUAAAUUUUGAUUAUGGAUUUAUUAUAUUGCAAAUGUUAUAUGAUAGUCGUUGAUCAUUAAA